AUGCGAAUCGAAGAAAGUAGUUUGAAUGAAAUUAAAAAAAGAAUAAUCAUUCUUUGUGUUCCAACAUUCUUGUUAUUUGUUUCGGUUUUAAUGAAUCUUCCUAGAAAUCCAUUAAAAGAGAUAAUGAUACAAUGUGUUAUGUAUCUUGAUUCAAUUAAAGAUUCAUAUUUAUCAAUGGUUGUAUUUGUUAUUUUGAAUUUAAUUGGAUUAAUUAUUUUUUUACCAAUCACAUUUUUAACAUUAGCAGGUGGAUUUAUUUUUGGAUAUUCAAAAGGAUUAGUAUUAAAUGUUAUUUCACGAUUUGUUGGUAGCGUUGUUCCUUAUUGUAUUGGAAGAUAUAUUGCAAAAAGAUACGUAAUUGAUUAUCUCCAAUCUCAUCCAAUGAUUAAUAAUUUCAUUUCUUUGUUAAAUGAUGAUUCUACAUAUUUACUUUGUUUAUACAGAAUGUGUCCAAUUAUCCCUUUCACCAUUUCAAAUUACAUCCUCUCCCCAUUUGUUGAUCCCUCUCAUUUCUUCAUUUCUACAAUGAUUGGUAUAAUUCCUUUAAUUGUUAUUCAUACAUACUUUGGAACUGUUGUUCAUGAUAUUGUAGAAAUCGUAUCAACUCCAUCAUUCAACUUCACAAUUAUUAACAUCAUUGUUUUGAUUGGAAUGAUUGUAUUGACAGUUAUAUUCUUUGUUGUAUUUUCAAGAAAAAUCAAUGAAAUUGUUAGAAACCACAAAGAAACACCAAAGGAAGUUGUUUGGUUAAUGAAAGAAGUGAUUGUUAAAGAAUAA